UCUUUUGUAGCAUUGACCUUGCAAAGAGGUUGUUGCAGGUCGGUACUUAUGUCACGGGCACAUUACGUGCCAAUCGACCAAUGCCCAUAACUAUAAAAAAUGCCCGUCUAGAUUCAGGUGAAACCAUUUAUAUGCGUCAGGGUGAGAUUCUCAUAACAGCAUACAGACCAGCAAACCGGGCACGAGCUAAACCUGUGAGGUUGUUAUCAACAGCUAUUGCUGCACGUGAUAUACACGACCGUUGCCCUGCCAUUGUUCAUACGUAUAACCAUUAUAUGGGCGGUGUGGACGGUGCAGAUAUGCUGCUUAGUUUUUAUAAUGGACAGAGAAAGACAAUAAAGGUAUGGAAAAAAAUGGCAUUUAACAUUAUACAGAGAAUGGCCCUUAAUUCUUAUGUGCUUUACUCACAAAACACACAAGAGAAUCCCAUGUCUCGUUUGAGAUACAUGCAAGCAGUAGUCAGUGGUCUUUCAGAAGAACAUCUUAGAGAGAGAAACCAACCUCCAGUGGUAGUGCGGCGGGAAAGACACCGUCACCAAGAACUGAGACUAGUUGCAGGUGGACGCGAAAAAGACUGCGCGGUCUGCUCAAACCGUAGGAUGGCAAGACGAAGAUCAAGGAAGGAAUGUUCAGUUUGUCUGCGCGGUUGCCACAGAGUCUGCUGGCAAAACCAUGUGUUGUCAUGUAAAAGACACGAGGAGUGAAAAAAAUCGUUUGAUAUAAGACUUACUUAUUCUAAUGAGUGAGUUUAUUUGUGCGUGCGUGUGUGUGAUGAAAACUUAUUUUUGUGAGAGACUUCUUCUGUGAAUUAUUUAAAUAUUGAAAGAUGAUAAGAUUUAUGACUACCAGAAUGUGUGUGCGUCAA